GGGGAGGACGGAGGAGGCGGCGCUGGGAGAGUUUUUAGGAAACAGCUUCUGCCUAGGAAAAAUGUGGCCCAGUUGUGUGGUUCCAGCCACUGGACCAGGUCUACGUGCAUGGAGGUCACAGAUCCACCAUUUGCCUGUACAGAAGAAUCUGGCAGAGGAAGGAAGGAUGAGGGAAGAGCUGGACUCGGCUGUCCCUGAAUCAAGGAAAGGCCUCAGUGCCCCUGAGGCUGGGAACAGAAAGGAACUGUGGGAAGGAGCAAUGAAGAGAAGCCCGGGAGACAACGAUGUCCUCCCUUCAGAUGUGCAACGCAGGCAAUUCAGGCAUUUCUACUACCAGGAAGCCGAGGGCCCCCGAAAGGUUUGCAGCCGACUCCACCAUCUUUGCUGCCAGUGGCUGAAGCCAGAAAGGCACAGCAAGAGGGAAAUGCUGGACCUGGUGAUUCUGGAGCAGUUCCUAGCCCUCCUGCCCCCAGAUAUGGGGAACUGGGUCAAAGAAUGCGGGCCGGAGUCCAGUUCUCAGGCGGUGGCCCUGGCAGAAGGCUUCCUCUUGAGCCAGGACAAGAAUCAGGACCAGCAAGUGCAGGGAAGAAUCAUCCAGGAGGAUUACCAAGGAGUAGCUUUUCCAGUUGGUGUGAGACACGAUAUCGUCCUUCUACGGGAUCUCUGUGCUGGCAUAGAGUCCCUGCCUUCUUCGACUGCUGCAUUGGAACUAUUAGGUAGUGUCCUACAUUCUUUGCCAUCUCUUUGGGAAAGAGAGAAAGCAGUUUCCAUGCAGCCUGCGCAGGUUCUAGUGACCUUUGAGGAGGUGUCUGUCCAUUUCUCUGAGGAGGAGUGGGCUCUGCUGGAUCCAGACCAAAGAAGGCUUCACAAGGAAGUCAUGGAAGACAAUUGUCAGAAUGUGGCCUCUCUAGAGCAACUUCUGGUUCCCAAACCUGAACCCAUAUGCCCAGUGAAAGAUCCAGUUGCCCAAGACACAGAAGAAACAGAGAAAUCAGCAGAGCCUGAUGGUCCCCAGCACAAGUUGGAGGGAGAAGCACAACACCACCUAUUUAAUGAAGAAGAGCAGAAAAGAAACACUGGAACAGAAUGGCAGAGGGGGGAAGAAUGCUCUGCUUCUCAGGGUGCUGAAUCUCAAGUGUUUGGUACACAUGGCCUAAUUAAUACAGAGGAGAAAUCUGAUAAAUCCUUGGAGUAUAGAAAGGGGUUAGGUUGGAAGGAAGACAUUCCUGGCCAUCAGGAACUACACAUUGAAGAGAAACCAUACAAAUGUUUGCAGUGUGGAAAGAGGUUUGUCAACAGUUCACGCCUAACUAGACACCAACGAAUCCACACUAGAGAGAAACCAUAUAAAUGCUCAUAUUGUGAAAAAACUUUUGCUCAGAGUUCACACCUUAUUGUCCAUCAACGCAUACACACUGGGGAGAAACCAUAUAAAUGCCUGGAGUGUGGAAAAAGCUUUGCUCGGCGUUCACAGCUUACUGUCCAUCAACGUAUGCACACUGGUGAGAGACCAUAUAAAUGCCUGGAGUGUGGAAAAAGCUUUACUCGGAGUUCAGAGCUUACUAUCCAUCAACGAAUGCACACUGGUGAGAGACCAUAUAAAUGCUCGGAUUGUGAAAAGAGCUUUGGUUUUCGUUCACACCUGACUGCUCAUCAACGUAUGCACACUGGUGAGAAGCCAUACAAAUGUUUGCAGUGUGGAAAAAGGUUUGCUGACAGUUCACAGCUAACUAGACAUCAACGUGCGCAUACUGGGGAGAGACCAUGUAAAUGCUUGAAGUGUGGAAAAAGGUUUGCUCAGAGCUCAUACCUUACUGCUCACCAAUGUACGCACAAUGGGGAAAAGCCAUAUAAUUGCUUGAAGUGUGGAAAAAGCUUUGCUCGGAGUUCAAACCUUACUGCUCAUGAACGUGCGCACACUGGGGAGAAGCCAUGUAACUGCUUGAAGUGUGGAAAAAGCUUUGCUCGGAAUUCAAACCUUACUGCUCAUCAACGUACGCACACUGGGGAGAAGCCGUAUAAAUGUUCAGAUUGUGAAAAGAGCUUUGCUUUGCGUUCAGAGCUUACUGUCCACCAAUGUAUGCACACUGGGGAGAAUUCAUAUAAAUGCUCAGAUUGUGACAAGAGCUUUGCUUGGAGUUCACAUCAUACUGCUCAUCAACGAAUCCACACUGGGGAGAAGCUGUAUAAAUGUUUCCAGUGUGGAAAAAGUUUUUCUGACAGUCCACAGCUAAUUAAACAUCAAAGAAUCCACACUGGGGAGAAACCGUAUAAAUGUUUCCAGUGUGGAAAAAGUUUUGCUGACAGUUCACAGCUAAUUAAACAUCAACGAAUCCACACUGGGGAGAAACCGUACAGAUGUUUGCAGUGUGGAAAAAGCUUUGCUCAGAGUUCACACCUUACUGCUCAUCAACGUACGCACACUGGGGAGAAGCCAUAUAAAUGUUCAGAUUGUGAAAAGAGCUUUGCUUUGCGUUCAUGGCUUACUGUCCACCAACGUAUGCACACUGGGGAGAAUCCAUAUAAAUGCUCAGAUUGUGAAAAGAGUUUUACUACGCGUACACAGCUUACUGUACAUCAACGUAUUCACACUGGGGAGAAGCCAUAUAAAUGCUCGGAUUGUGAAAAGAAGUUUGCUUCGCAUUCAAACCUUACUGCUCAUCAAUGAAUCCACACUGGGGAGAAACCAUACAAAUGUUUGCAGUGUGGAAAAAAGUUUGCUGACAAUUCACAGCUAACUAGACAUCAACGAAUCCACACUGGGGAGAAACCGUACAGAUGUUUGCAGUGUGGAAAAAGCUUUGCUCAGAGUUCACACCUUACUGCUCAUCAACGUAUGCACACUGGGGAGAAGCCAUAUAAAUGUUCAGAUUGUGAAAAGAGCUUUGCUUUGCGUUCAUGGCUUACUGUCCACCAACGUAUGCACACUGGGGAGAAGCCUUAUAAAUGCUCAGAUUGCGAAAAGAAGUUUGCUUCGCUUUCAAACCUUACUGCUCAUCGACAAAUCCACACUGGGGAGAAACCAUACAAAUGUUUGCAGUGUGAAAAAAAGUUUGCUGACAGUUCAAAGCUAACUAGACAUCAACGAAUCCACACUGUCCUACGCUAGGGGUCAGCAACCUUUAGUCUCAGAAGAGCUAUUUUGCCUCUUCCCCCAAAAGAAAAAAUACUGUCUGGGACCACACAACAUAUUUAAAAGGUAAUACAGUCUAUUAAGUCUAAUAUUAGCCUAUCAACCUUACAAACACAUCUGAUUGAGUGUUCAUAAAUAUGUUAUUAGUUUCAAAGCCGAAUAAUCACCCAGUAUGAAAACUUGUUUACAGGAACGCACCAACAUGGCUGUAGUGUGGCUUAGGUCAUGGAAGGGCACUUGAGUUUGACCUAAGUUUCAGCCAGAAGCGUAGCUAGGGAAAAUGGAGCACGGGACAAAAUCUGAGUUUUGAGCCCCCCCGAUAUGGGCAGCCACCCUCCCCCACCACGACCAAACAGCAUUUUUUUGCACCAGGUCAUCUCAAAGUCACCAUCUUAUUAUAGAGCAUGCCUCAACACACAAAUCUGAACACAUCCAGGGCUCCCUAGUUUAAACAACAUUGAAAGACAUGCUGUUCGAGGAGGGGAUCCACCCUAUAACAGCAUAAUUUUCAAUGUUGUUUAAACUAGAGAGCCCAGAUUCUCUUUUCAAAUCCCCCUUAAAGGGAGAAUCUACCCCCAA